AUGUUCGGGAGUAGCGUCGCGGACGGAUUCUUCUCCUACGCCGAGCGUGAAGGACAUGGUCUCCUAUUACGAGAAGAAAGGAAACCACACCGUAAAGACAACACCCAGCCGCAGAAGACGAUCCAUGACGGCCAUGAUGAACUUGACGAGGCGGCCAUGGGAGCAUUUCCCCCGGAGGAAGUCGUCUUCAUCCACCAACCCUCGACGAAGGUCCUCGACAUCGACUGGGUCUCGAACCCAGACUACGACUGGGAGCACGACGGCGAGCACGACGACAUUGCCGACCUGAAGGCGAACCUCCACAACAUCAAGCUGUGGUCGGCACCCGUUGAGGCCCAGCCCAACGGAAAUGAGACGACCAAUGAACUUCAUAAAAUUGACUCUGCCGGCGUCGAGCACAAGUCAGUCGGCACCGCGCCGCCUGGUGUCCACGAGAUAGAUUUUGUGGAGGUGUCUGCACCCAAGCCAUCCCAGGAUGAGUCGAGAUCAAACUUAACCCACGAGAAGAGCCUCCAUCACCACGAGCCACUCCCCGGAGUUGAGGUCAGUCACUCUGAGACAGUCAACGUUGAGGCCGACAAGGGUGAACACGCCGCCAAACCAUUGGAAUUGGACUCAAAAGCGUCGGAGAAUUCAGACAGCCCACAACAACCCGCCGGUCCCAAAAUACCCACUCGCAAGUCCUCGGCGUCGGGACCUAGCAAGGUUGUACAGCUUCGUAUCAAGACGUCUCACUAUGACAAAGAUGGGAAGAGCCUGGCGCUGGACCUCCCAGGCAUCCCAGAGUCGGAGGCCGAGGGGAGACAGCGAAGACCACCGCUGAGCAUGCUCCGACAGGUCCCUGGCCAGCCACAGACGGUGCACGUCAACAAGUCAUCACGCCCACCCGUCAGCAUGAGGCGGUACCCCGUCAGGAGCAUCUCGGCGCCGUUGCUAGGGCAGCAGCCAGGGCAGCCGCCCCCGUCGCCAACGCACAUGAUGGACCUCGUCAACCAGCGCCAGGUCAAGUUCACAAACAUCCGGGAGGAGAAACAGAGGACUCUGAGCAGCAUAAAUGCCUCCCGGAGCUCACAGGGACUCAUGGGCAGGAGGCAUGCGUCUGCCCCACACGUUUCCCGCCACGAAACGCUGAGAUACUACCGUCCGGGCGGCUAUCACCCUAUCCUCGUCGAGGACAAACUUGGCGAAUCCGGCCGUUUCACUGUGCUGCGGAAGCUCGGAUACGGCAGCUACGGUACCGUCUGGAUGUGUUGGGACAGAAAGGUCAAGAAGCUGCGGGCCGUCAAGGUCAUGCAGGCGGACACAAGCGGGGAGGACUACAAGACAGAGUCCCCUUGGAGCACUUCUGGCAGGAUGGCCCCAACGGACGACAUCUGUGCGUUGUCAUGCCUGUCCUUUGGGCCCAACGUGAUGAAGGCCAAGGCUCUUGGGGAUGUCGACUUCCUAAAGGACGUCUGCUCCCAAGUCACGAGCGGCCUGGCCUUCCUUCAUAGCAAGGGGAUGGCCCAUGGCGACCUGCACCCUGGCAAUAUCCUCCUUCAAACUACUCUCAGCGACCUCGACAUCGACGACAUCACCCCUCUUCUAAACCAGUUCAACUAUGAAGAGCUUUAUGCCGAAGGACACGACGGGCCGGGACCACAUGCACCGAAAUACAUCUACGAGAGCUUCUACUGGCCCGAGGUCGACCCAAAAUACUUCAAGAAGGAGAUCGCCAUUAUCGACUUCGGUACAUCGUUCGAGACCUCAGACCGUCCGAACCACCAGACCAUUGACGUGUCCCUGCGGGCGCCGGAGCAGUUCUUCGGUUCCCGGCCCAGCCAGGCCUCCGACCUCUGGGCCCUCGGCUGCACCCUGAUGCACGUCCUCGGUUCCAGGAACCCGUUCGCAAGAAAGAAGACGGCGGGGACAUGGUCCCCGGUUCCCGGGUGGGAAGACGCCCUUGGCCCGCUGCCGCAGCCAUACCGUGCCAAGUGGAUCGCCUCUAAGGGGGCCACCCGGAAGAGAAAGUACGGCGAAAUGGCCGAAUCGGAGACAGUCUCGCUGUCGUCGGAAGAGCUAGUAAAGGCAAAGAAAUGCAGACUUGAAGAAUCGGGCACGGAAGACGUGAUCUUUGCAUUCCUUGCCAAACCCACCACCCUCACCCUCUUUGUCCCCAUCAACGCGCAGCAGAAGCAGCAGCAGCACGAUGAGGCAGAGGGAAGCGAGGGCAGCGACACCUACAGUGAGAGCGAAGGCUUAACAGAAGAGAUCAAAGAGUGGUGCCUCCCCCGCGGGGAGCUCGACUCCGCCGUCAACCUGACGCACAUCCCCACCACCACCUCCUCCUCCCAUCGCCGCCCAAACCCAGAAUCACAGCCCAGAGAGGACCAGCCCCGCCGCCAGGGCAGCGGGGACGCCCUGAAUGAGGAGGAUCUUCCUGUGCGCGGUCGCAGCGCCAUAGAUGCCCGCGACGCCGACGCAGCCGAGGAAGAACAGGCGGAUCUGGCUCGCAAACUCCGGGACCGGGUGCGCCAGGCCCCACGCGAGCCCCGCGGCGAGGAAGCCGUUGUAGAGCCCCUGGUUGGCGGCGAGGACUUUUGUCUGGGCGGCGGACUGGGGCGUCUGGCGGAAGGCGCGCAUGCCGGCCUUCUUGUCCCAGAGGAACAUCUGCAGCACGAGGAUGUAGCCGUGCAGGCCGGCGACGGCGGCCGUGGCUGUGGCUCCGAGUGCGCCCAUGAUUGGUUGGAGGGGUUUUGGGGAGGGUGA